AUGGCACAAACUGCAGCCAAAAAGUUACUGGUCGUGGGAGGCACAGGUUUCCUUGGUCAAAGCAUUUGUAAACAUGCAACGCGUCAAGGUUGGGAGACUGUCAGUUUAAGUCGCCAUGGUGUUCCUGCAACUUUUCAACAAGGACCACGACCUUCAUGGGCUGAUAAGGUGCAAUGGGCAUCGGGUGAUAGCCUGGAUCCUACCAGCUACGGGCCUCUUUUGGAAAACGUCACGGAUAUUGUACAUACGGUGGGGAUCAUUUCCGAGGUGGAUUACAAGAGCUUGGCCAAUGCAAAGAAUCUUUGUGAAGCAGCAUCUGGAGCUUCACGUGUCUUGGGUGAAAUGAUUGGUAUGCGAGAUCGAGGAAAUCCGUUUGACGCAAAACACCCGGCACCUACUUUUGAACGCAUGAAUCGUGACACAGCUGUGGCGUUGGCCCAAGAAGCUGCCAAAUUAAGCACCAUGGAUGCUUUCGUCUACAUUUCGGCUUCAGACGUCUUCCCCUUGGUCGAUCCACGAUAUAUCAGCUCCAAACGCCAGGCUGAAAAGUACCUGUUUUCAAGACCGGAAUUCCGUACUAUAGCACUUCGACCAGGUUUCAUGUAUAGCCAAGAUCGUCCCGUUGCCAUGCCAGUAGCUGCAGCUAUUCAAUUGGCCAACAUGGUAACCAGCCCCGUAACCAAGGAAAUCAAUUCUUUGCCUUUUGGAUCAAGUCUUACGACUCCACCUCUUCAUAUCGACACUGUUGCCAAGGCUGUCAUUGCUAGCAUCAACGCACCCAAACUUAAAGGCAUCUUCGAUGUACAAGGCAUUCAACGUUUAUCACAUGCAUAA